CGUCACAGAAAAAACAUGGCGGCGCACAUAGUCAGAGCUGUGAGACGUCUUCCUGCACAGAAGAACGGCUGGCUCCCGCCUGCAGUCUGGCAGUUGUAUACCCAAGCAUGCUGUCAUCACCAUCAGUCUCCUGGCUCCUCGCUGCGCUACAUCCCCCGUAGGGCAGUUCUCUACUGCCCCGGCAAUGAUGAACGCAAAUUGAAGAAACUGGCCUUGCUGGAUGUCGACUGCGCCGUUCUGGACUGUGAGGAUGGCGUGGCCCUCACCAAAAAGGCUGAAGCCAGAGAGACCAUCGCUCAGAUGUUGGGAGAACUGGACUUGGGCCGGACUGAGAAGUGUGUGAGGAUAAAUUCGGUUUCCAGUGGCCUAGCUGAGGCUGACCUGCAAGUGGUUCUUCAAGCAAAGGUUCUUCCUCCAGCCAUCAUGCUGCCCAAAGUGGAAGACAUUCAAGAAGUCAAAUGGUUUGUUGACAGGUUUCAGCACAACUUGAAAGGACGGACGCUGACAGACCCCGUUCGCCUCGUCACCUUCGUGGAAACCGCUGCGGGCCUGCUCAAUUUUAAGGCUGUGUGUGAGGAAAUCCGCCAGCUCGCUCCCAGGGCCGGGCUCCACCAUGACGGCGUGGUGUUUGGCUCCGAUGACUUCUGUGCCAGCAUAGGUGCCACGCGGACUAAGGAUGCCAGAGAGCUGCUCUACGCGAGGCAGAAGGUGGUGGUGACCACCAAGGCUUUUGGGCUGCAGGCCAUCGACCUGGUUUACAUCGACUAUAAAGAUGUGGAGGGACUGAGGCUACAGGCCAAGGAGGGAGCUCUCAUGGGUUUCACUGGUAAACAGGUCAUUCACCCCGGGCAGGUCCAGGCUGUGCAGGAGGAGUUCUCCCCGAGUCAAGACAGGGUCCAGUGGGCCGAGGAGCUCAUCGCUGCGUUUGACCAGCAUCAGAAAGAAGGAAAGGGUGCGUUCACCUUCCGCGGCAGCAUGAUCGACUUGCCCUCGCUGAAGCAGGCUCAGAACAUCCUGACCCUCACUGCGGCGGUGUCGAAGAAAUAAUCGGAAGGGCCGCAGGUCUGAAGCAGGACAGGAAACUGGGAAUCUCACAGACAAAAUGAGCACUUGGAAAAACUUUACAGACCAUCCCCCUGGUGCAAGAUUACAGUGGAAAACAUGGUUUAUGCGUGUUUAAUGACAGGAAUAUGUAGCUAUGUCCGUGUAAAUACUUAGCAGAAUCUUACUUGUAUUUGAUGUGGUGUGUGCGCAGUGUGAAAAGUGCUGUCCUCUGGAAAUGAACCUUGCGCACUUUUUCUGAUGGCGUGUUCAACCAUCAUGUCACCCUCCGUCGCUUCAAAAGAUGAAUGCUCUCCCAUCAGCAUGUCCUGGCAGGAGGGGGUAGGGGGGCAAAGGGUAAACAAACAACACCACUCUGUUGUGGUGGGUCCAUUCCUCGGGCCCUUGUGGCUCCACUCAGAGCGGGACGUCCGCCGCCUGCCUUCACACGAACACCCUCACGUUUUUUGCGUCAAAAAAGUUAAAGGAGGAAUUCUCAGUUUCAUUCGCGGUUUCCUUUUCAACUGCAAGGCCUGAAAGUAAACUGUGCGCAGCAACAUUUUCACUCACUUUCUACAUUAGGGCGGCGUGCGCUUACGGCAGCGUUUGUCGAAAAUAGCGUCAGCGGAACAUGAAAAAUGAACUCCUUAAUGAGCGGAGUGAAGAAGUCACAAAUGAAAGCACAAAAGGGGUCUUUGUGGAGCACUUGUCUGACUCGCAGAGGCUGUGAAGUGGGUGUGAUGUUCAAGGAGAGACAGAUUAGUGGCCAUGUUGCUCCAGCAGACCAGGACCGAGGCUUUGUCUCUCUGACUGCGGAUGGGAGGAUAAUUGAGGGGGUGUCGAAUGGUUAAUAGUGCCAUUGGUGACCAUGGUAAUGAAAGGCGCCAUACCACCUCUACCCCACCUCAUCCCUGCUCUCUCUCUCUCUUUUUUUUUUCUUGUUUCUUUCCCUUUACUGUAUGAUGUAUUGUGUCUGGGACAGACCCGGUGUCCAUGCCAGUCCCGUCCAGACAAAAAAGAAAAGAAAAAAAAAGAGAGAGACAGAAACGGCUCCUGCAACCAGCCAAAGACCCCGACAGUAAGCCGUCGCACUGGCAAUUGGCCACAUCGGUGACUCGAAACUGGUUCACUCUUUGCUGCCAUAUGAACAUAUUGAGCUUGUUUUCAAACUCUAAUGAAAAAAAAUGUUUUGUUUGAUUGAAAUGUAAUAUUUGCAGCCAUUUUUGGAUUUUCUGUGCUAUCAAAUGUAUAAACUCUAAAACAACUGACGUAUAGUUUGCCUUGAUUACUUAGAAUACAGAUUGUUGCCAUAUUUUUCUCUAACCUCUGCUUAACUUUGAAAUGUUUUCCUCUUCCUUGUGAAACUUUUGCACAUUUGCAUUAAAAAUCGAUCUAUUAAAAAUG